AUGUCUGCACGAUACAGUGAUCAUUCUACUCCGAUCUGUCGGCGAUGUAAAUCCAAGGGCAUUGCCAAUAAGUGUUACUAUCACCCAGCCCCCUUGACUAGGCCGAAAAACCCGAACGAUAGAACCAACCCACUAUCAUCCACUCGGCGGAAUAAAACCAAGGUCCAUGUCCGACCAAGCAGAGCAGAGGAAACUAUCGCUGCACGAACACUAACAGACAUACGCAAAAGGGCCAACUCAUUUACCGGGUCGAAUACUAAAGAAUCCAAUCAUUCAAACUACCUUGGUACCACAAGCUACUUGUCAGUUUUCAAGGAGACUGCAUCAUGGACUCCUCAUGCAUCGUGGAACUGCUCCCUUCAUGCAGAAUUUGAGCAUUGGCGCCGCGACCAUGCAUACACAUCUGCAAGGCUCGUCCGUCUACUAUGUGCCGUAGGGUUUUAUCGAAAGCAAAUCAAGUGGUUCUAUGCCAGAGGACGAUUCACCAAGAUCCCAGGACCGCUGGUUCUGGAUCCUUUACGCCGGGUGCAGGAAUAUAUCGAAAAGAAUGCGUGGAUUCAGGAACGGAAUUGGGAAAGGAUUCAUAAUCAAAUCACAGCUGCAACGUCGCAUUCGCUAAGACUAACUAGCGAGACUUCGCCAGACGAAUUUUAUUCCUUAUUCACAGGAGAGAAUCUUCGCUGGGAGUUUGUCGGCCUUAUAUUCGCUCUGGCGGGCAACAGUGUCCGGUGUCGAUAUGACGAGUCGUAUAUCGUGGAUUUGGGGAACGGUGAAGAGAUGGACGCUUACACCUUUUCCAAGGAGAUGGUACUUGCAAGUAACGCUUGCAUUGAAAUAUGUAGACAAUAUGAACACGUCAAUGAUCUGCUCAUCUGGAUGUACAAAAGUCAUCUCUACUUAGGGUCAGAAGUGCUAGGCGAAACAAGCGAGCGACUGUACAGUAUGUUCGGAGAAAUGGUAUCAGGAAUCUACGCCAUGGGACUGCACCGCGAGCAUCAUUCUAUCAACGUUCCAUUCUUUCUCUCAGAAACACGGAAACGACUUCUAGCCGAAAUACACAAGUCUGACAAGACGGUUGCUACACUGUACGGCCGGCCGCCUCGGCUACCCUAUCAUUAUUGCGACGUUGCACUUCCAUUGGACUUAUCGGAUGAUCAACUAUUCUUGGACGAGCAGUCUCUAGAAGUCGUCCUCAAUAGCCUUGAUAGCGAAGGCUGGAACCUUCAGGGGCAGUUCUACCCGGCGACUGUUAUACGAAUGCGCCAAAUUAUGAGCGCAUUGGGAGAGAAGAUGCUUGAAUUGUCAUUAGGAUCAAGGACCACAAGUUAUCACAACGACCUAAUAAAGACAUACAAGUUAUGCCAACGGACAUGGGACCAGAUCCCAGUACGAUUCCGCUAUAGCGCUGAUUGCUGGGAAAAGGGAGACGUUGUUGAAGGCCUAGCCAAAACCAUAGUGUAUUUGGAGUACCUUUUAAGUGUAUUCCAAAUACAGAGGAUUCGUAGGCAAGAAGAUCCAGAAGCCACCAAAGAUUUGAUUGAUACUUCAGUACAGCUGUUGUCGGCAAUAGUGGGCAUGACGAAACACUAUCAGCAUGGUGAUGUUCAGAGGAACUUUGGAUGGAUCUUUGGAGCUUUUGGCAGUGCAGCCGCCGGCGUUCUCGUCACCGAAGUACGCCGUUAUACAAUCUCCAACCUGCCUCUCCCAUCAUCAACACCUCGCUCAGAGAUCAUUCGUACUCUGAGCUAUCUCAUCUCAUGGUUCCAAUCCGUCAAAAUGCCUCCCGAUCUCGCCGGCACUGUGUGCACGGAAUUUAUAAAAGUGAUUAGCCGGCUACUCGAUGAAGCACUAGACUACCAACAACCUCCUCCAUCUUCCGUGGCUCGACCAAUAACUCCAAAUCCUCACGAAUUCCCUGAAGAAGCAGAUAUCCCGGCAUCUCAACAACAGCAACAGAUACAAGGACUCAUGCUAGACGGCGGUCCAAUGGAAUCACUAUGGUUCGGGAUGGGGAUGGAAUAUGGUGUCGGCGAUGACGCGUUCCAUGGUUUGGGACGUGGUCUCGUGAGCGAUGGGAUGAAUUGGCUGGAUGAAUUAGGGUUGAACACGGACUUGGAUGAUGGAGGAAUCGGAUCUUAA